GGAGGUUCCAGAUCCCCUGAUGGAGUGUUUACUGGAGAUAAAUGAAUGAAAGCCACUGGGAAAAAGCCAUUGGUAAAUAGUCUGUACUUCUAUAGUGCUUUUUUUUUUUAAACCUUAACAGUUCCAAAGCGCUUUAAACUGGUUCUCAUUCACACACACACUUACUAAUGGUAGCAGAGCUGCCGUGCAAGGCGCUAGCUUGCCAUCGGGAGCAACUUGGGGUUCAGCAUGUGGAAUCUGGGCAUUCCAGUUUCCUCCCCUAGUCUAAAGACAUGCAUGGUAGGCUGAUUGGCAUGUCCAAAUUGUCUGUAGUGUGUGAAUGUGUAUGUGAUUGUGCCGUGCGAUGAUUUGGCACCCUGGCCAGGGUGUACCCCGCCUUGUGCCCCAUGCUCCCUGGGCUAGGCUCCAGGUUCCCCGCGACCCUGUAAUAUAAGCGGUAGGUAUAGAAGAUGGAUGGUAUGGUAUCAGAUGUGUUUAACGGAUUAGAAAAAAAACAGAUAAUUUGCCCAAUUUUACUCAAUGCAGCUCCAAUAGGUGGGAAAAGAUAUAUGUUUGUUUAACUGGAAGUUCAGGAAGGUAUUCACUGCAUAUCUCUGUUAACAUGAACCUGUGAAAGUAAAACUCUUACUUUCAAUAAGCCUGCAUUCGAUGAUUGAUUACUGACGUUUUAGCAAGACUUGUAGGCAACGAACAUUGGCCAUGAGCUGAAGUGAAGCUUCCUGUCCGCUAGAGGGCGCUCUGGUGCGGUCUCCCACUCUUCUUCACACACUCGCGGUGACUCUGCUGUCAGAAAUCUGUCCAGAGAGGCCGUGACAAACCGGCAUGAAGCUUAUUUCUGUAAUGAUGUGUGAUUAAUCUCGAGCCAGGAUCGUCUCUUCAGACAUGUGUGUCUGGCUCCAGUUGUGUGACCCGUGAGAGGAGGAUAGAAACUGAACAUGUGUGACGGUGACGUUAGCACUUCGGCUGUUCGUAUUGUCCCUCUUCACCAUCGCUGGGACCUUCUGGAGGCCUGUGCUGAACUUCUGAAUGCCCAGUGGCAGCGCAGCAUGGGAGCACGGCUCCACUCGCUCCGCCAGUCUAGCGACAGCUACCCAGCAUGUCUUGUCAUGUUGGAGGGUGAGAUGUUGAUCGGGCAUGCCAGGGUAUCACGUGUACUAGGCAGCCGCAGUGCAUUUGUGGAAUCUGUGGUGGUGCGAGAUGAGCUGCGGGGGCGGGGCUAUGGCCGGGCGCUGAUGGAGGGAGUGGAAUGCUAUGCUCGUACCAGAGGCUUCACCCGGCUCUACCUCACCACUCACGAUAAGCAGUACUUCUAUGCCCACCUAGGCUUCAUGCUCUCACGACCUGUUCAGAACGUGGGCACGUUGGCCUCCCUCGUGCCAAUGGAACUACUGCAUAAGUUCUGCAGGACAGCUGAGCAUGAGGGGCAUGGAGAGAAAAGUAUGAAGGAUAAUACUGUAGCACCCAAUGCUAAUCCUCCUCCACCACCACCACCACCACCUCCUCCUCCUCUUCCUCCACCAAACACAGUCCCUCCAACAUCUCCCUCUUGCCCUUCCUCCCUUUCUCCAUCUUCUUCAGGAGCCCACCCACCUCCUCCACCACCGACACCUCCGCCUUCUCCAUCUCACUCCUCCUCUACUUCUGUCCCUCCACCUGCCCCAGCUCUUCCCUCAACUUCAUGGGUUCCUCUUGAACAGACACUGGAACAGACACCAUACACAGAUAAUCGAGGACUGCCUGUCUUCUGGAUGCACAAGAACAUCUGAUGUAGACACACAUCACUUGCACACAUAUACCUCAGAUCCUGUAAAUCUACGAGUCAAGACAUCUUCCAGGCAAGGACUUUGGUUUAAGGACUGUUGUGCUACGUCUCAGGGUAUUUCAUCAUAGAUGGUCACUAUUAGCUCUCGGACAUUAUCUCUGUGAAAUGUGAUCAGAAUACUAAAAGUGAAUGUGCCUUAGUAUAUCGUAUAGGGUUUAAAUUUCUUUUCUUUCUUUUUUUUUUAUUUAAGCAUGUCCAGGAAUGUUUCUUUGUACCAAAUAUCACUGCCAAGACAUGUAAAAUGGAUAAAUGGUUUUAUUGUAUUGUAUUUGAAAUAAACAUGCAAUAACUUUUUCUGCUGUCCUGCUCUGAAGUGAUUUAUGCACCAGGAAUUAUAUCUGCCGGUUAAAUAUCCAUAGGCCAGAAGAAAUGCUGUCUGCUGAGGGUUGGCUAUGUAUUCUUACUAGUUGCAGAGUCUUCUAGUUUGCUUAUCUUCUUAUAGGCCAACGUUUCCCAAUCCAGGCAUGUUGGGAGCUGGCAGAGAACAAACAAGUGGGCUGUCUUGGGUCCCCGAGAACCAGGGUUAAAUCCCCCACAUUACUGCAUCAUCUAUAUUUGUGUCGUACAAUAAAUGACUAACUGGUGAAAGUCAUUGUGGUAUAGAAUGUGUAAAAGCCACUGAUGUCACAUGAUCCACAACUAGGUGUUGCCAGCAAUGAAUGCCAGUGCACCAAUUAAUAAUUAUGUUUAUUUACUAGUCAGUUGAAUAGUUGUUCAAAUUUCCAUCCUCAUCCUUUAAUGAAAUAUCUGUGCGGCUGAUUUUCCAUUACUCCUUUGUCUACACUGAGAUGUUCAGUGAAGGCUUCCACCCAGAUAUCAUUUACAUAUGUGGCUUGGUCUUCAUCCAUUCAAGGCAUUCAGAGUUCUCUCUUCCACCUCUUACAUAUUUACACAAGUAGGAUAAUGUAAGAUUGUUGAAUUGAUAAAGUUUUCCACAAGCAAUUCAGAUUCUUAAUGGAACUGAGACUAGAUGAUGAUUUUCUACACAUAUGGACAACAUACACCUGCAAACAUCAGACAUGUUUAUACU